AUGGCAAGUCGAAGGAGUAGUAUGUCAUCCAGGAGAACAUCGGAAUCUGGAGCAGCUCGAAAAUCUAUUUCGUCUUUGCGCCCUAUUGGGGUGACAGGGGAGCGGACAGUGAAAUCACUGCGACUUUCAAGGGCCUUGACAGUACCCGAAACAACAACUAUAUAUGAAGCUUGUCGUCGGAUGGCUGCCCGUAGGGUGGAUGCUCUAUUACUAACCGACUCUAAUGGUUUGCUUUGUGGAAUCCUUACAGCCAAGGAUAUAUCAACGAAAGUUGUUGCCCAAGAGAUUAAUCCUGAAGAUACACAUGUUUCCAAGGUUAUGACAAGGAAUCCGGUAUUUGUCCUUUCUGAAACUCUUGCUGUGGAAGCCCUCCAAAAGAUGGUGCAUGGGAAAUUUAGGCAUCUGCCUGUGGUGGAGAAUGGAGAAGUUUUGGCUUUACUCGAUAUCACUAAGUGUUUGUAUGAUGCCAUAGCACGAAUGGAAAGGGCUGCUGAGAAAGGAAAAGCAAUUGCAGCAGCUGUUGAAGGAGUUGAAAAACAUUGGGGAUCAACUAAUUCUGACUCUAAUUCAUCAUUCAUUGAAGCUCUUCGGGAACAGAUAUUCAAACCAUCAUUGUCCACAAUCUUUCCUGAGAAUUCAAAGAUGGUAAAAGUUGCACCAACGGACUCAGUUUUGAAGACAACAAAGAAGAUGGUUGAGCUUCAUGCAAGUUGUGCUGUUGUGACUAUUGAUGGCAAACCCCAAGGCAUCGUUACUUCAAAGGAUAUCUUGAUGCGAGUAAUUGCACAAAAUCUUCCACCAUCAUCGACUCCUGUUGAGAAGGUUAUGACUCCAAAUCCAGAAUGCACAGUAAUUGAUACACCAAUCGUCGAUGCACUUCAUAUUAUGCAUGAUGGAAAAUUUUUACAUCUUCCGGUGGUUGAUAGAGAUGGAAUUGUAGUUGCUGUGGUUGAUGUGAUUCAUGUGACUCAUGCUGCUGUGGCUACAGUUAGUCAGGUCGGAAACAACGAAGCUGGCACCUCCCUGAUGCACAAAUUUUGGGAUUCAGCAAUGGCCUUGUCUCCAAAUGACGAUGAUGACGAAACACGGAGUGAGAACUCCUUCAAAGUAGGUUCUGAUGGAGGAGAGACAGGGAGAUCGGUUCCUUAUUCUCCUGCAAGCAUGCCCUAUACAUUUUCCUUCAAAGUACAAGAUAAGAAGGGCAGAAUGCAUAGAUUCACAUGUGAUACCCGAAGCAUGACAGAGGUUAUAUCUUCAAUCCUUCAGAGACUUGGUACUGAUAUUGACCCUAACAAUCUGCCUCAUAUUCUGUAUGAAGAUGAAGAUCACGAUAAAGUUGUGUUGGCUUCAGACAGUGAUCUUGCCGCAGCUGUGGACCAUGCAAGGACAACUGGUUUGAAGGGAUUGAAAUUGUAUAUAGACUACGAAGGAACCGAUAGUAAAAGGAAAGGUUCACAUUCAGGACGUUUAGACCAUGCAUAUUCGGACGCAUGGGCCUCAGCGUACAGUGGUGCUGCUGCUGGAGCUGCUCUUGUUGCUGGUUUAGGUCUAUUAACAUAUUUGAAGCGGGCAUGA